UUUGGUUUUCGGAUGCGUAUAGCAUCCGAACCUAUAAAUUACAUACUAUAAUCGUAGAAAAUAUGAUACCUGCCGAAAAAUGAAUUAUAACCGGUACAUUACCAACAAAAGCCAUCAUAAAAUUUAUGUCGCUCAAGUCAAAUAACAUUGCGAUAUAUAUUAAUAUAAUCUCCUGAGCAAUGUCAUCGUUCAUUCUUUCGCACGACUUGCAGUUAAUGAUGUUAGAGAUUGGUGUGGAAAACUUGUUCGUCCCUUGGACUACGGAGUUUGACAAAGUUAUCCUGAAGAAGACGAUCGUCAUGUUUCGCAUGCUGGAUAACGAUUGGACAUCGCUAUCGCCAAACCGACGCGAUUCUCGCCCUUAUCAAGGAUCCAAUUACGAGAAUGAAAAAUUUUAUGGCGGCAGUUCCGUUGUCUUUUCUGUACCGAUGGAUUUCUUCGAGAAAGAAGCGAACGGCGUUGAUGUCCAGUUAUACGUUCGGAAAGAAGUGUGCAAGUAUUUUGAGAUGGUCUCGCGCCAGAGAAUCGGCUUCGUCGCUAUAUCGGUCGAUAAUCUGCUGAACAGCAUCGCCAAACAGAUUCGCGAGCGGAACGAAUUGACGGAACACUUGUCGGACUUCUAUAAACGACAGAUUAUUUCGAGGUCUAUGAUGGGAACGUACACUUUGUUAGAUGAGAACUUCCGGAAUACCGCCGCCACAAUUUCGCUCUACAUUCGGAUCAGUUAUCUUGGCAAAUGCCUCAUAACGGAGAUCACGCGAGUCAAAAGUAUACGCGAAGAAUUUUAUAUUCGCGGAGACUUGAAUGAGAAACAGCCGUAUUUCUCUCGACAGCUGACAUCGAAGGAACUUCAAAGCGGUAGUUGGGACGAUGAUGGUUCACUUCGUGUUCUUCCUGGUCGUUUAACAUGCCGCUGUGAGGAGCUCGUUAAAAAGGAGGCCGCGGAUUUAGUCAAUGUCAAGGCAGAUAUUGUUGCGAUAACGAAAACGAAAGGAUAUGCGAUAAAGGAGAAUGGAGAAAGAGCUUUCAAGAAAACGUUCUCCGCGUUGAGCAAAUCGAAACGCGGAAGAAACACGGCGACAAUCGAAUCGUAUUCCACGUGUUUCGAGAGAAGCAGUACGAUAUACGCCAGUACACCCCGCCGAUAUUUUAUUUUAUCUGAUUUCGCAGAACAUUUGUAUACAUUUGUCCUAACAAUGUACAGUUCAACGAUAACCAAAUACGAGGACAAUAAAAAUCAAAUGUUAGUGCAACCCGGAACGGAAAAUGGCAGAGAUUUGAAUCUCAAUCAACCACCGAAGCACAUGCCGGCCGAACAGCCAUUAAUUUGGCGUAAUAUCAUUGUCAUCGUCGUUCUCCAUAUCGUCGCGAUCUAUUUGUUUGCCACGCGAUAUCGCGAAGCGAAAUUUUGGACCUGGAUGUGGUCAAUCUUAUAUUUACUUUCUGCUGGUUUUGGCAUAACAGCUGGUCUUCAUCGUCUUUGGGCACAUAGAAGCUACAGCGCCAAAUUGCCACUUAGAAUACUACUUGUUUUAUUAUAUUGCUUGGCUGGUCAGACUCAUCCGUCUAAAUGGCUUCGUGUUCAUCGAACACAUCAUAGAUACACAGAUACGUGUGCGGAUCCACAUAACGCUAACCGCGGCUUUUUUUUCUCACAUAUUGGCUGGUUAAUGAUGAAGCACCAUCCAGCAGUUAAGAAAUACGGUAAAAAUGUGGAUAUGAGCGAUAUCGCUGCUGAUUCUGUAAUACGUUUCGUUGACAAGUAUUACGCUCUGAUUAUGGUGCCACUGUGCUUUGUCCUGCCGGCUAUAGUACCGGUCUAUGUAUGGAACGAAACCUGGGACAUAAGCAUAAGCAGCGUAAUUAUCCGCUAUAUGUGGGCGCUGAAUUUCACCUUCUCUGUCAAUAGUUUCGCUCACUUGUGGGGCAAUCGACCGUACAACAGAACUCUUAAGUCAACGGAGAAUCCUGUGGUGUCCUUCUUUGCUAUGGGCGAGGGUUGGCACAAUUACCAUCAUUGCUUCCCGUGGGACUAUAAGGCUGCGGAGCUUGGCUUCUACCGUCUCAAUUUAACUACCGCUUUUAUAGAUUUCAUGGCUUGGUUGGGAUGGGCGUAUGAUUUAAAGACACCAAACGCCAAGCUCGUCGAUAGACUUUGUGUGAAUAAAGGUGAUGGUACGACGGGCCUCUCGAGAGGUAGGAUAGAUAUUCCCAAGAUAUCAGAUGUUCUUUAA